CCCCCUUCAACUGGAGACUUCCGCACUGUCAUUCAGAAUAAAGGAGAUUUCUCCAGAACCAGAAAACAACAGUAACCAGAAAACAACUGAGCGUCUCGACCGAUACCACCAGAACUCGCCGGAACCCUAGUUCCAUUCACGUUCCCGUCGAGAAACAGAGGAGGAAGAAGGAAGAAAGAAGCCGCUCGACCGGAGGCGAAGUUCGAUUCCGAGGAGAGGUUUUGAUCCGGGAGGGUUUUUGUGCGCGCGCGCGCAUGUCGCCGGAGAUCAUCGAAAGGAAGAGGAAGUCACGGAGCAGAAGGGAAGGGUCUAUGUCCGUGGCGGAGACAUUAGCGAAAUGGAAACAAUACAACGACCAGCUUGAUUCGCAGACCAAUGGAGGCAAGCCUGUGCGUAAGGUGCCCGCUAAGGGGUCGAGAAAGGGAUGUAUGAAAGGCAAAGGUGGACCCGAGAAUACGACCUUCAAUUACAGAGGAGUGAGGCAGAGGACUUGGGGCAAAUGGGUCGCCGAAAUCAGGGAGCCGAACCGAGGGAAUAGGUUGUGGCUGGGCACAUUCCCGACUGCGAUCGAAGCCGCCAAGGCUUAUGAUGAUGCUGCGAGGGCAAUGUACGGUCCGUGUGCAAGGUUGAAUUUCCCCACCGCAUCUCAUACCAUGUCUUUUGGUGAUUCGGCUGUCGCAGCCACGACACCAGUGGGCACUACUGCCAAUACGGCUGGUACCCCGAGCACUGGUUAUUCAGCUGGUACCCCCCCAAGCACUGGUUAUUCGGCGGGCACCCCGAGCGAGACCACGACAUCCUCGAGUCAGUCGGAAUUGACUUGUGGCCCAGAGGUUAAGGACGGCGAUCGCGAGGGCGAGUCGAAUGCAGAUGGCGGAGAGAUGGAGCUGAAGAGCAAAUCCAAUGUCGAUUUCGACUGGCUUAGUGACUAUACUGUGGAUGAGUUGUUUGAUGUGGACGAUUUGUUAAGGGCUUUGGAGAAUGACCCAAAGUUCUCCACAGAUGUCAAGAUGGAGCAGUAGAACAUUGAGAACACAAUAGUUAGUUUUUAGUGGGGGGAGUUGCAUAUGAAGAGAGUAUUAACUUUGUUCUUUCACUGACUGAUACUGGAUAUCUUCUAUUAGAUCGGGCAAUUACGUUUUAUAGGAGUGAAUUGUCUGGGAGUUUCUGAGUAUUGGUUUCGUUUGCUUUCUGUAAGCUGAACUCUGUAAUUGCGAACUGUAUAGUGGAAUACUGAAAAAAAAAAGACUGGAUAUAUUCAUUUGUUUCUGGUUGUGACA